UUCACUGUGUUUGGCAAUGAUCUUCAACGGAUUCCUUGUUUUAAAAAAACCUUUACCGUUGGAAUUAGUUCUGGAGUAAUAGCAGGCUUAACAACUUUCUUAUUUACAAGUCGAGUGAAAAGAUCAUCAGAUAUAGCAGUUAUUACAUUUGCUGUGACAACAUUAGGAUUUUGGGCAUUUUGCAGAUAUAACUGGUCAAAAGAACAUUGGCUGACUCAAAAAAUGAAUUCUGCAGUUCAUGAUGUCAUGCUAAAUGAAGGAAUAAAGAAAAGAAGUGACACCUAAGAUAUUUAUUAUAGUAUGUAUUUAUUAGACAGCAUGAAUAAAAGUAAAAUAUGUUUAUCUUUUA